AUGCCCAAGAAGAAAAAGCAAAAGACGAAGCACUCGACAGGGGGGAAAGAGCUCAGUCAGGCCGAGAUAUGGGACGAUUCGGCGCUGAUCCGGUCUUGGAACGACGCUGUUGCGGAGUACGAGUACUACCACAGCAUACACGCGCGCGGCGAAGACGUGGAAGAGAUCCUCCGCAAGGCAGAGAUGGGCGAACUUGACGACGACGAUAAUAACGACACCGACGUCGACCCUGGAGGCCAAGCAGCAAGCGGGCAGUGGCGACCUGUUCACACAGAAGCGCCGGCUAGACCUACAGCGCCUGAUGGAAACGAAAAUGCCGACACAGCCCCCCAGGAUACCAGAUCCGAGAGUGGCGAGGUGGAAGACGGGGAGUGUAUGAGCUCGCAUGAGGAUGGCCACGGAGGCAAGUCGCAUAAUCUUGAGCAGAGACGGAAGGCUGCCAUGGAUCAAUUCCAGUCCAUGUUAGGUGAGGAGAGAGGACAGCAAGACCAUCCACCUCAGUCAACAAUGGGACAACCAUCGACAACGACAGCGACAACUGCUCCAACUAUGGGACCCAGCUUGCCGCCAGCAACCGCAAUCACAACCGGUCAAGCGGCCACACCCAUCUCUUCGCCAGAUCAAACGCUCGAGAAUAUCAAGAUGGCUUAUUAUUGGGCGGGGUACUACUCGGGACUGUAUGAUGGUCAACGACAAGCUCAGGGUCAGGUUCAAGCUCAAGCUCCAGCGGAAAACCAGCACGGAACUCAGGCACAACCGCCAGAGGGAGCGACGUUAGGCCAACGAUGA